AUGCUUAUGAUCCUGAAGUGCAAGGCCUUCCAGAUAUCUUCUCCAACUUUGCAGUCCGGUUUGAUGGCAUCAGUGACUGUCUCCUUGAACCUGCCCAACUUUGCAGUCCGGUUUGAUGGCAUGAGUGACUGUCUCCUUGAACCUGCAGGUGGCAUUUACAUGGACCAUGGAAGCUGUUUAAUCUCCUCGAUUUUUCCCUCCCAGGUCUCAAGAUUCUGUCUGAAGAAGACAGAUUUGAAGGAUUAUGCCCUUCCCAAUGCCAGCUGGUGUCCAGACAUGCUGAACUUGUACCAGGAAUUUCUGGAGAAGACCAAGACUGACGGCUGGAUCAAACUGCCCUCCUUCAAGUCCAACAGAGACCACAUCCAGGGGCUGAAGCUCCCAUCUGGGUUAGCAGUGGCCUCAGACAAAAGUGACUGGCGCAUCUUCACCAGGUGCAUCCAAGUGGAAGGACAAGGCUACGAGUAUGUCAUUUUUUUCCACCCAUCCAAGAAGAAGUCCAUCUGUCUUUUCCAACCUGGCCCCUACCUGGAGGGGGCCCCAGGGUUUGCACAUGGGGGGUCCCUGGCUGCCAUGAUGGACGAGACCUUCUCUAAAACUGCUUACCUGGCUGGAGAGGGGCUAUUCACAGUAAGCCUCAACAUCAGGUUCAAAAACUUGAUCCCUGUGGGCUCUCUGGCUGUACUGAAAGUUGACGUGGAAAAGAUCGAGGACCAGAAGCUUUACAUGUCGUGCAUCGCCCAGAGCAGGGACCAGCAGACAGUCUAUGCUAAGUGCUCAGGUGUUUUCCUGCAGCUGCAGCUGGAAGAGGAGUCAUUCCAGUAACAGUCACUGUGCCUUCCUGCUGACUGCCCUGCCCGCUUGGGACCCACUGCACGGCAGGGAGGGUCCACAAGAAGUGACUGGUGACGGGAAGGAGAGGGCGCGUUCCUCUGAAUAAAUAGAU